UUGGCGAAGAUAUUUCCGUGUUUUGCAAGCUAUUUCCAAGAAGAAGAAGCCGCAGCCGUUCGAGUUCCUCACUACUGAAGAUUUGCGUGAUGCAGAUGUCGCUCUAUGCCGCCUUGCGCAACAAGACAUGUUCCCUGAUGAAACUGCAGAUCUUGCCUCGAAAGAACGUGUAUCGCCGUCGUCACCAUUGAAGUGGCUAAAACCAAUCCUCCACCAUGAUGGACUCAUCCGAGUUGGGGGACGCCUCAGUAAUGCUUCUAUACCCAUUGAAGUGAAACAUCCGAUAGCCCUGCUAGCCAAACAUCCACUUUCCAUUCUACUGGCUGGAGAAUUCCAUCGAAACCUUCUGCAUGCCGGCCCGCAACUCAUGCUGGCCACGAUCCGACAACGAUUUUGGAUUAUCGGUGGCCGAAACCUAGUUCGUCAAACGUAUCACAAAUGUCUCCAAUGUUUCCGUAAUAAGCCGAUCCUGGUCCAGCAAAGCAUCGCUGAUUUGCCAACCUCUCGUGUAACACCAACUAGGCCAUUCGCCGUGUGUGGUGUAAACUAUUGUGGGACCAGUCUAUAUUAAGUCACCUGUACGCAACCGAGCUCCGACGAAAGCAUACAUUGCCAUUUUUGUGUGUUUCUCAACGCGAGCCGUCCAUAUCGAACUUGUGUCCGACCUAUCGACGCAAGCUUUCUUAUCAGCACUCCGCCGUCUGGUCGCACGCCGUGGAAGACCGAAGGAAAUGCACAGCGACAAUGGCACUGCGUUCAAAGGUGCAGCGAAUGACCUUCACAAGGUAUACCAGAUGCUGAAGUCUGACCAUGCCGGUCGCGAGCAGAUUUUGCAGUUCUGCGCAGAAAAUGAAAUUUCUUGGCAUUUUAUCCCACCACGUGCUCCGCACUUCGGCGGUCUGUGGGAAGCAGCCGUCAAAUCCGCCAAGCACCACCUACUGCGUGAAAUUGGCAACACGAACAUCAGCUACGAGGACAUGGGCACUCUUCUAGCCCAAAUCGAAAUGUGCCUAAAUUCCAGACCCCUCGUACCAAUACCCAACGAUCCGUCCGACCUGGAAGCCCUCACUCCGGGACACUUCCUGGUAGGAACAAACCUGCAAGCCGUCGCCGAGUGCGAUCUGACCGAAGUUCCUGACAACCGCCUGUCACACUGGGAGCUCACACAGAAGCGUUUCCAGAGAAUCUGGUCUAGAUGGUAUCCAGAAUAUCUUCAGCAGCUCCAAUCACGCGCCGCGAAAGGAUGCAAGAGCCCAGUCACCAUCGAGCCUGGAAAAAUUGUGGUAAUAAAGGACGACAACCUACCGCCGAUCCAAUGGCCGCUCGGGAAGAUAAUGAAAGUUCAUCCCGGCAAGGACGGCGUAGUCCGAGUCGUCACCCUCAAAACAGCGUCAUCCGAAGCAGUCGUCAGACCAGUUGCUAGAUUAGCAGUUCUCCCAGUUCCGGAAAAGCCCUAGAAUCAGCAGUUCGUCUACAAGAAGAGAUCCUGGUAGAGCACGCCGAAAUUUGCUCGAUGCCUUCGUGGGAGCCUCGCAGAUGUCAUCGACUGAUCUACCGUUCUUCUCCGCUGGCAAUCGAUCCUUUCCACCUUCAAAAUGCAUCCGAGUGUCU